GUAUUUAGAAAAAGAUUUCUAUAGAACAAACACGAAAAUGUCAAUAAAUAUUGAUUUAGUGGCACGUUUAGAGAAGAAUAGUAAAAGUUCAUUUACAGUCGGUAUUAAUAUUUAUUUAAAGCUUUUAAAAAACAUUAUCAACAAUCCGAGUGAUGAAAAAUAUCGAAGAUUUAAAAAGACAAAUCAAAGGAUCAUGAAUGAUCUUCUCAGCUUAGACGGAAUGGAGCAAUUACUUCUCGAUUCAGGUUUCGAAGUGGAUAAUGAAGAAUUUGUGCUUCGUCGAGGUGGAUUAGGAGUCAUGUCAAAGUUGAAAUAUUACAUGGAAUAUUAUGAAAAACGUCUUAAAGACUCGGAUGUAGAUUCGUCGGUCUUAGCUAAGCCAUUAGGAGCAAUACAGAAAAAGACUAAUGUCAAAGAUUCUAAACUUGAAAUUACGGCUGGGACGAUCAAAUCUAGCAAAACAUUCCAAGACAGAAUCAAAUUUCCUCAAGUCCUUAACACAAACAAUGAGUUUCUUAAACAGAUCGAAAAGUUGUCAGAUUCUGUCAUGCAAUAUGAAGAUGAUUUGUUAAAGGAAUCAGCACUUCAAUUGAUUCCAUUAGAAACAUUGAAAUUGAAAGCUUUAGAGAAAUUAAGAAAAUUGCAAAAAUUAUUAAAAAAUAAUUCAUUGAAAGAAGAUGAACCACUUCUCGACGAUUUGAUUUUAGAAGAACUAACUGAAUGGUUCAAAAAUAGAUUUUUCACUUGGAUAAAUUCAAUGCCUUGCCGAUUAUGUCAGAAUAAGGAUACAAAUCCAAUAGGAACACGAAUUGAAAAUGGAGUUAGAAUUGAGAGUUAUAAAUGCAACAAAACUUCUUGCAAUGAUGUUGUCACUGAUUUUCCAAGAUACAACGACAUAGCAAAAUUACUUGUUUCUCGUUCAGGACGAUGUGGAGAGUUCGCCAAUUGUUUCACGUUCUUGUGUCGUUGUCUCGGUUUUGAUGCUCGUUAUGUUUAUUCAACAUCAGAUCAUGUGUGGAGUGAAGUUUACAAUCAUUCCAAGAAGCGUUGGAUUCACAUUGAUCCGUCUGAAAAUAUUUUUGAUUCGCCAUUAAUGUAUGAACAUGGAUGGAAACGGAAUUUGGAUUAUGUCAUUGCAUUUUCAAGAGAUGACAUUCAAGACGUCACUUGGAGAUAUUCAAAUAAGCAUCAGGAGCUGUUGAAGAGGCGAAAUUUGUGUUCAGAAACCGACCUCGUUAAUGCAUUGAUGCGUUUACGAUUGAAACGUUCUGAGAAUUCAUCUGUGGCGAGGAAAAAGUUUUUGACGCUGAGAACAUUUGCUGAACUCGCAGAACUUUUGAUUAUCAGAGAACCCACAGAGAAUGAACUCAAAGGUCGAAGUUCAGGAAGCCAAGCAUGGCGUUUAGAACGCGGAGAAGCAAAUAUUUCUAACUUUUACAUUUUCACUUUAACAGAUGAAGAGAAAAAAUUGAAAGAAUUUAACUUACGCUAUUCUUGCAGUAGAAAUGUAUUUGAACGAUUUAGUUCUGCAAAAAUAUUAAAUUCAGUUGAUGAUUGGAAACUUUGGACUUAUGAAUCGGAAAACAUUUUUCGUAAAGUUGAACACGACCACAAGAUGAGUUAUUUAUCAAGAACAGAAGAUUCUUCGAAAGGAAUUCUGAAGCUAAAAUUUGAUUUUGAAAAUCUUUCUAUCGACUCCUUGGACUUGACGUUUGAAACGAUAACUUUUGAAAAUGGAAAUAUUAAAAUCGAGUUUCUUAAUGCUUUUGAUCAAGAAGUGUCCAAAAAUCAACUGAAAGGCUUGUCUAAGUUUUCCUUGCGAAUACAUUUAAGUGGAGGAAAAGGUGAUUGUGCUUGGCAACAUGCUCAAAUGUUUCGUCAAGAGUUAACUUCCAAAUCUUAUCCAUUCCAAUUAUCAGUCAAAUUCAAAUAAAAAAUUAAAUUUGUUGACAAUUUUAUAAAGCAAAGACAUUGAUUUUAAAUAAAAUAAUUAUUUUAUUA